GCAGCAGCAGCAGCAGCAGCAGCACCGUUCACCACCAGCACUCCAUCAUGGCUCAAAGCGUGGCAAAUGCCUCCCCGCCCUAAACUCCCCGAGGACGAGUUGGAAGAGGUUUACCUCAAGGGUAGUGGUCCCGGUGGACAAAAGAUUAACAAAACCAACAGCGCUGUUCAACUCCGGCAUAUCCCCACCAACAUCGUCAUCAAAUGCCAAGAGACGCGCUCGCGCACGCAAAAUCGCAAGCUGGCCCGGGAGAUCCUCGCCGCCAAGGUCGAUUUGUUUCUCAACGGGGACAAGAGUCGCUUGGCGAUUGUGGGAAACGUCAAGAAGAAGAAGGCAGAUAGUAAGGCGAAAAAGGCGAGAAGGAAGUACAAAAAGUUGGAGGAGGAAAAGGCCAAGGGUGGUGUUGGUCAGCAGUUGGUGGAGGGGGCAGAGGGGGCAGAGGUUGAGGGAGAGGAUGAAGGUGAAGAGCUGGAAGGAUACGAAGAAGAGGAGGUACAAGAAGGAAAAGAGGCUGAAAAUGGAGAAAAGGCCGAGAAGCACGGAGGGAACAACGCGGAUGGCGGUAGACAAUGAAGAUACCCAUGGUGUCAGCGAAAAGCCAUCUGUGGUUUCUGCCACUGGUUUGCAAUCCUGGCCAUGUUUGAUCAUAAGGAAACGGCUGCUUGUUACUCGGUUCUAGAAGCGGUGAGGAUCGCUUGGAUUCGGUAGGUAUGGCCGCCUCCCCUUCAAGUCAAUAAGACAUUACGGUGGAUCCGAUACCUUGACGGCUAGCAAAUCCCCUUUUCUCCUUGGCUUGCACGUAUCUCACGACCAACGAAAGGGCAGCUGAAGGUGCUAAGAAAUACAGAACGCUGUUUGAAUUUUGAUGAUCUCUUCAUCCACGAUAACCUCGAAUUUCCCAGUGGUGACUAAAUCUUGCUGCUAAAAGUGUAGUAAAUAGAGAAAGGGUGUUGGCAAGAUCAAGAAGCCCGCAUACUUGACCGCGCCUAUCCCACGCAUUCGCAGCCGUCGCCGCCCACCC